AUGGAAAAACGAAAAAGCCGAUCGCUAGCGUCAAUAUACCGUAAGCCUCUUCCCGUAUCUUUGUCCGUGGAUGAGGAAGGACAGUUGCCCCCCUUGAUUGUCCACAAUCCACUUUCGUGGGUUUAUCUUCUCUGCCAAAUGGCGCGUAUUUAUGUACAAAAGCCUCAGCAAAUGUCAAUUCCGAUGAUUCCAGUGGAAACUUAUAGGUCAGGAGGGAUGGUGACGUUUGCUGUGCGACAGGAAGCCGACAUGGAAAAGCUCUGGAAGGAGGGUUUCUUCGGUAAAGGUACUCUCUCUAGAUCGGAUCCAUCUUGGAGACAACGAGUACUGCGUAGGCUUAAACUAGACAGUGGCACCAACUCGGACGUGAGCAAUGAGGAAGUGACCCGAGUUAGGCGAGAAGAGCGGAAGAAGUUCAAGGAACUUCGUAGUGUUUCUCAGAAGUAUGAGAUGAUGGAGCGCCAGAAUAAAUUAGCAGACGAAGAUCGCACUAAAUGGGAGCAGAUCAAGGUUCAAUUGGAGGAGAUGAAGAAUUGGAAGCAAGACUUCAAGGUGGAGGCUCUAGAGGAGGAACAGAUACGGAAGGAAGAUUCUCAGUUGUUGAAGAAUGGAAGUUUGAAAGAGAACUUGGAGUUUGUGCAAUUACAGAAAGUGGAAGUUGUAUUUCUUUCGUUGAUGGGCGUGGUAAAGGUGACCAACAACAGCAACACUCAGGAUCUGGAAAAAUCGCUUACCUUCUCACAGAUGCUCACGCUAUGUUGCGGACAACCUCAUCCUCAGAGCAAGUUCAUGCUCGAUUACGUGGUUUACCAUCAUUUCCGAAGCUUGGGCUGGUGUACAAGAAGCGGGAUCAAAUUUGGAUGUGACUUCCUCCUAUACAAGAGAGGUCCUCCGUUUAUGCACGCAGAGUAUGGAGUGAUGGUUAUCAAUAGUGAUGGACAAUGGAAGUCAUGGGAAGAUUUCAUGGCGGUGAGCCGCGUGGUGGGAGGAGUGCGGAAGACAAUGGUUUUAGUUUUUGUUGAAAGUCCGCUGGCGGAACAAUUCAACAGGGUUUACAGGGAUGACAUGGAGGAGACAGAUUUUGUCCGGUUAUUAAGUAUGUAUAAGGUUACUGAGAUGAUCAGCAAAAGGUGGCUGCCCAGUCGGACAAGAGAUUAG